UGUUUACUACAGACUGACAUUGUGAAUUUUAUCAAAUAAGCCUGUUGUUCCUCAUCAGUUAAUGACUGACUACCUGUUGAUUACUGCAGUGCAAGGUCCUCGCUGAGAGAACUGCGGCGUGUUACCAUAGAUACAUCCUAACAGCUCCCACGAUACUCAGCCGACAUCGUGGGGAAACUGCAGACACCCGUCUGGCUUUCAUCUUCACCUGCUGCGUAGCUGUGCACACGAAGCAGAUAACUUUCCUUUGUAGCGGAUUGAGAUUCUGCAAAACUUGUGCUAUGGAUAGUUGUCACUUAUAACGCCGCGGUACAUCAACAGUUUCAUCCCUAUGGUCAUAUUUUUCAUUCAGAAACCUCCUCCUUUUGCCCUGAACGCUUUUUGUGUCCAAACUGCCGAACUCGAAUAUUUGCGUGCCGCAUCCAACUCCGCUCAACCUUACACAUUUGUCCAGGAUGUACCAGCUCUAAUGUCAUUAAAAUGGCCUACAGGCUUUUGUCUCGCAAUUGGGAUCAACCUGUUGUAAGUUUAUUAUAACUAAGCUCUCUCUCUCCGUCGCGCGCCAGCUUGCUUUUACGCACAACGAUGAGCUCGGAGAAGCCAAACUUUCUGUCACAGCCCGUCGUGAAGAACAUUUUCAUGUUCCGAAACGGCGAUCCUUACUACGACGCUCGCCGGAUUGUGAUAAAUCAAAGGAGGGUGUCCAACUUUGAGACUUUGUUGAGAGAGGUGACCGGCGGGAUACAAGCCCCAUUUGGUGCGGUGAGAAACAUCUACACACCGAGAGGAGGCCACAAGGUGGACAGCUUGGAGAGCCUGCGGAGCGGGGAGCAGUACGUCGCUGCUGGGAAGGAGAGAUUCAAAAGGCUGGAUUAUCUACAGAUUGGCUCGAGAAGGAAGAGGAUGAUGCAAACUCUUCCAAUGCAGGCCAGACCGCUGCCACCGAAACGGAUCAUUGUGUCAGCUCGAUUCCUGAAACCCAUCAAGGAACCAUGUACAAUAUUUGUUGUAGCAAAUGGAGAUGUCUUGAACCCCGCUAUGAGGCUGUUGAUUCACCAGAGGAUGCUUGGCCAGUUUGACAGAAUACUAGAGUUGAUCACAGAGAAGAUGGGUUUGAGAGUCCUGGGGGGUGUUCGAAGUCUCUACAGCUGUGAAGGCGACCAGGUGACUGAUGGGAAUCAACUGGAGAGCAGUCAGCUUUAUGUGGCUGUGGGAAGAGAAAGGUUUAAGAAGCUGCCAUACAGUGACCUUCUCUUCACCAAACCCAGAGGGACAAGGAGAGUCAAUGGAAUGAAAGCUUACUCCCUACCGCCUAUCUACAGAUUCUCCAAGCAAAAUGGAAAUAGUAAGUCUAUGGUACGAUGCAGCGAUAGUGGCGAUGGAGACUCCAAGGCCUCUCCUCCAGGCCAAAACAACAACGAACACCUGUCCUCCAUCGUCAGACAGAUCUCUCAGGCCAAACUCACCUCCCUCAGGAAGAAGAGGAGUGGACAAAGCAUGACCCUCGGCAUUUCUGAUAAUGAUGAUAUUGAAUCAAAGGCUGACGAUGGAAACACUAAGGACAAGACCCUUCAAGACCAGCCAGCUGAAGAGAAACCUGCAGAUGAUGAAACUUCUGCAAGCAAAGAAGAAAAUGAGGAGAACCAGGAGACAAAUGGUCAAAAAGAAGGAGGGGAAGAGGAGAAUGAAAAUGAAGAGCAAAAUGAUGAAAAUGAGGUAGAUGCAACAGCAGGACCUGAGGAGAAGGAGGAGGGUAAGAGUGAGGGGCAGGGGUCCAACAGUAGCAACAGUGAUAAGACCUUGGACAGUAAAGAGAAAGAGGAUGGAAGCCAUACAUCUUCUGAGGGUGAAAAGAAUGAGCAAGGAAAAAAUAUAGAAGAAGAGAAGCAAGAUAGUGAGAGUGGAAAUGGGGAGAAUAGCAGUAAGGACCAAGUUAAUGAUGUAGACACAGGAGAGACAGAAAACAGCGAUGACCUGGGGAAAACUCCAUCAGAUAACGAGACAAAAGAGAACGAUGGCAACAGAAGUAGCAACAGUAACCAGGAAGAAGAUUUGAGCAAAACAACAGAGGGAGCUACCAAAGAGUCAGGAGAAGAAGAGAGACAGGUGAAUGGAGAGGUCAGUGGAGAAGAUGAUGAUGUGGAAAGUGAAGCAGAGCUGGACAUGGGCGAGACGCAUUCAGCCAGUAGCAAAGAUGCCACAGCAAAUGGAGAGAAUGGGGAUGAUGAUGAUGGUGAUGAUAAUAAUAAUAACAAUCAAGAUUAAAGCAAGAAAAAGGAUGAUUAGGAAAGAAAAAGAGAAAGUACUUGAAAGAGCAGUGCUGAAAAUAUUUAGUAUCUAAAAAUAAUUGGCAAAGCGAGGCAUGUAAAGAAAUAUUACUAGAUGAUAGAAUCUGGACUGAAAAUAAACAGUGUCUCAGAGUCUGUUGAGCAGAUGAUUGUGAUGAUGGAGACAGAGGUGCAUAUCUAUAAGUAAGUGAUAAAUGCAAAUCAUUAAAAAACUAUCAACAUUCCAGGUGUGUAUUAAAAGCUAUUUAUUAAAACAUUAUUCUUAACCUUCAUGGCAUAAACAUACAAAACAAAUAAAAGCUAUAGUAAUAUAUUCUUAUUUUUCAAGACUUACUGUUUCCUCUUUGGCUGCUUUAUUGUUUUGGUACACUGUCUGUGAGCACUGUAGUGAGUACUGUUGGGAAAUUAAAAUGUAGUUACAGUCACGCAUUCACUGUUUUUAAAAUAUAUAUUUAAAGGGGCUAUGUGUAGUUUUCAGCCGCCUCUAGCAAUGCGGUUUCAGAUUCAAGCUCAUGAGCAAGCCAAAACAGAGUCCGAAACACAGCAGACAGCAUCACACAACAUGCUGGAAACUCAGGUGAACUCCCAUUUCAACAUUAUAGUAAUAUUUUUAUCAGUUUGACGUUUAACUAGUCCAUGCUCAUUGCACGGUAAUUUUACAAUGACUGCAUUUAGACGACAUGAUACAGUAUGUCCGUGUUAGGUUGUCCACCAAUAACUAGUUGUGUAUCUUGCACUGGAAGCUCAGCAAUGUCACAGCUAAAUUUAUUGGAUGAUAACGAAAACGGUUAGUGAGCUAGACUUAUUAUUAUAAAUAAGAUUGUUGCCACACUUUACAACAGCUAGAUUGUAGUAAGUAACAUCACUGUGGUAAAUGGCUCUUCCACUGUGGUGUCUUGCACCGUCAUGUUGCAUUAUUGUAUUAUGUGGGUCACGGAAAUUGCGGCUACUGAGACCGGCAAAAAAGCUGUGUAUCUGAGUAUCAGUAAAACAACAAUAAAUCUAAACUGAACAUUACGAAGCAAAUAAUGGUAGAUUCAUGCUAACAAUAGCUGGCUGCUCCUUCCUUGCUAUCUAAGUUGAGCCAACUGAAGCACAAAAUCACAAUAUAGCCUAUUUCACAUGCUUUAGAGUAAUGUUAGUUUACCAGUCUAAUAGGAUGAAAGCCAACAGAGGUCUCUCCGUGACUGUGAGGUUACAACACGCUCACAAAUAUACAGUAAAAAAAUGAUUUACUGAUAAGUGAUUUCAUUAAAAAAAACUAUAUGUAGCCCCUUUAACAGGUAUGAUUACACUAACUGCUUGUUUUUAAAGAUGUUUUUGUAUGUAUGAUAUUUUUGUCUAUUUCCCAAAGCAAGUGAUACAAAUUUACUUUUAAAGUAAGUACAAUAAGCUAUGUGAAAUACUGUAACCAUACUGCAUGUGUCUGAAUGUUCAUCUAAAUCAUAUAAUCAUGAAUACAGUUUGAAAGUCUUAUCUGUAAAGCUGUUGGAAAUCACGAUGUUUCAUCAUGUAACCCCUAUGUCUUUAAGAUGCUUUAGUAAAACAUACUUUGCUCCCUC